UUGAGUUGGGAACACUACUUUCAGUGGGCCCAUAGCAGGAAGAGAAAGAGGGAGGAGGAGUUGGGCUUGUCUGGCCUUCUUGCCAGAACUGGGAAAGAUGCAGCUCUCUCAGGGAAACAUGAUCUCUUCUCUUUGGGAAGGAGCCUCCAUACAGAACCUCCUUCUCCUCUCUGCCAUUGUCUUGAUCCUGGCACAUUAUCUGCAGAGAAGGAAUAAACAUCUAAACUACCCCCCUGGCCCUCCAGGGCUGCCCAUAUUGGGCAACUUCCUCCAGAUGGACCUCAAAAACCCCCAAAUCACCAUCCAAAAGUUUGUCAGGAAAUAUGGAAAUAUAUUUUACACUCAUAUGGGUAGUCAAAGCUUUAUAACAGUAACUGGAUUGCCACUGAUCAAGGAGGUCUUGGUCAACCAAGGGGAAGCGUUUAUUGAUCGACCCGAAUUUCCUAUCCCUCUUCAUAUUUUAACAUCAUCUGGCUUAAUCAUGUCUAAUGGCCAAGUAUGGAAACAGCAAAGAAGAUUUGCCUUAAUGACUCUAAGGAACUUUGGUUUGGGAAAGAAGACCCUGGAAGAUCGGAUAAAGGUGGAGGCCAAGUAUCUCGCUGAGGCUAUCGGGGAAGAAAAAGGACAGCCCUUUGACCCCCACUUUGCGAUCAACAAUGCUGUUUCCAAUAUCAUCUGUUCUGUAACUUUUGGAUAUCGUUUUGAGUACCAUGAUGCACAGUUUCGGGAGCUGCUGAAGACUAUGGAUAAUAUCAUGAAGCUUCUGGCUAGAUGGGAAUGUCAGCUCUUCAAUAUAAUUCCUUCAAUAAUGAAAUUCCUACCAGGACCUCACCAGAAGCUCUUCAGAGAAAACACAAAGCUAAAGUCUUUCAUAGAAGAUGUCAUCAAACAACACAAGGAAAACCUGAAUGAAGAGGAGCCUCAGGACUUCAUUGAAGCUUACUUGAAGGAGCUGUCCAAGGAUAACAUCCAUUAUAGUUUUAAUGAAAUAAAUUUAGUCUACUGCACCCUGGACCUCUUCUUUGCUGGAACAGAGACAACUUCGACCACCCUAAGGUGGGCACUGCUGUACAUGGCCCUUUAUCCAGAGAUCCAAGGCAAAAUACAAGCUGAGAUUGACAGGGUAAUUGGCCAAUCUCGACAGCCCACCAUGGCUGAUAGGGAGAAUAUGCCCUACACUAAUGCAGCUAUUCAUGAAGUUCAGAGAAUGGGUGAUAUUAUUCCUUUAAAUGUACCUAGGAUGGCUGCAGUUGAUACCACAGUGGCAGGAUAUCAUGUGUCCAAGGGGGCCAUGAUGAUGACCAACUUGACUGCCUUGCACAGGGACCCCAAGGAGUGGGCUACCCCAGAAACCUUCAAUCCGGAACAUUUUCUGGAAAAUGGACAAUUUAAGAAAAGAGAGUCCUUUCUGCCUUUCUCAGUGGGAAAGAGGGCCUGUCUGGGAGAACAGCUGGCUCGGGCUGAGCUCUUCCUCUUCUUCACCAGCUUGCUCCAGAAGUUCACGUUCCAGCCUCCUCCCAACACCCAGCUGAGCCUGGACUUCCUAUCUGGCUUAACCGUCUCUCCUGUCCCCUACAAAAUCUGUGCCAUUCCUCGAGAGAUGUAGGGCGGGGCAGGCCUGAGGGGUGCACAGGAAAGAAUUUGGAACAAUCCUCAUUCUUCCUCCCCUUUGGAGUUUGGGUGGGGAAAGGAAGAGAAGUCGAGGAGAGAAAAAGAGGAGAAAGAGACCAAGGGAGAUUAUCUGUGACCCCGUGUGAACAUUCCCACUCAGAAAAGGGAGAGACAUGAACACCAGCAAAGGAAAGCAGAGUUCUUACUGGAUUUGAAGUUUACGGACUUGGGUUCACAUCUCUGCCCUGUCACCUACUAGGUGGGUGAUUUUCAAAUAUAAUAUGAGGAGGAGGAAGAUCUCCAAGUUCUAAAUCUACAACCCAGUGAUGUUCUGAACAGAGAACCAAAGCUUUUCUUCCCCUGCCUCAACAGUGGGGCCUGGUAGAAUUUUGGUUUGCUUGAUUAUUCCUCUCUCUCCUGUGCUUAUAACUCAUACUGUGAUUGUGAUUUUAGGGAAGGUUUUAAAGAGUUUAAAUGAGUUAUAGGAAGUGUCCUCAGAUUAAUGAUUAUGGUCCUAAAAAUUCCUUAUAGACCAUGCACUACUCAUGGACAAAUUUUUCUUUCUGUCUUUGGAUCUACAGCAUCCAGUCCAGUAAAUAUUGUUUCAUAUCUAAACCACUCACUCUUCAUUGAUUUUCACAGUGGGAAAUAUUAAUCCAUGAAUUGAUGAUCUGGCUUCCUCAUUCCUAUUUUUAAAAAAAGCCUUCUUAUAGAUGAUUAAUCAUAAACACUCGACAAUUAAUUAUAGUCACAGAGGAUUAUGAAUGCUCACACCUUAAGCACUGCUAUUCUCUUGAUGUUCUAUAUCUCUAUAAAGGUUCCCUGUUCUUUGCAAGAAUGCUUACACAAGGAAAAUUUCUAUGCUGGCAAAGAAAAUUUGUGUUACACUACAAUGUGAACCAAUGUGAUCCAUAUUUCUCAUUUAUUAUUUAUAUUUCUUUUUUUUGUUGUUCUUCCAUUAUACCCCUAAAAAUGUUCUGUGAAUUCACAAUGAGUCUUUGUACCAAAUGAGUUGUUCUCACAUCAAAUUUUUUUUUGGGGGGGUCAAAUUGUUAGCCUUUCUAAUAAACUAAUUAGACUAGAA